AUGGAUGCCCUCGAUACCAAAAAGACCAAUGUUGUGGAUACCAUGAAUGAUGGUCCGGACGACCUAGCUGUUGGGUCGCAGGAAGAAAUUUCGAUUUACACGCCUCGAACCUUUUACCGGAGCGUGCUGUUCCAAAUGGUGCUAUUUGGAAUGCUGUCAUUGGUCGGUCCUGCUAUGUCUGAUGCCAUAUCUAAUCUAGGAGGAGGUGGACUGUCCAAACCAUGGCUUGCAAAUCUUGCAAAUUCGAUGAGUUACGCUUGCAGCUUCCUCAGUACCAUCCUUGGAGGACCUUUAAUCAAUAAAAUUGGAAUCAAGUGGGCUUGCUUGAUCGCAGCUCUUUCAAUGCCGCUAGACGGAUCUUCGUACUAUGUGAACGCUAGAUUCAGUGUCGAGUGGUACCUCCUAGCAGCCAACGUCGUGAAAGGCAUUGCAUCUGGUUUCCUCUACGUCGGAGAGACUACAGCUAUGUUGACUUACCCAAAUCCAAAAGACAGAGGAUUUUACCUCGGUAUCUGGUCCGCAAUGCGAAGCAGUGGAAGCGUCAUCGGUGGCGCAAUCAAUUUUUCCACAAACUCCGCUGAUUCAUCAGGUGGGGGAGUGGCAUGGGCCACCUAUCUGGUCUUUGUCGCAAUCGAAUGUACCGGUGUAAUAUGGGCAUUGUUAUUGUCCAAAACAGCUCGAGUGCGUCGUCACGACGGCAGUAAAAUCAUGAUGGCCGAGAUGCAAACCUGGAAGCAAGAAUUCAGUGCUUUAUGGAGGUACUUGCGGCUCCCAAAAACUUGGCUUGUCUUUCUUCCAGCCUUCUACUCCUUCUUCUACGGAGGAACCAUGGGCACCUAUCUCUCGCUCCACUUCUCAGUGCGUGCACGCGCCCUCUCGUCUCUUCUUGUUCCGACAAUCACAAUACCAUCAGUGAUCCUAUUCGGCAAGCUACUGGACAGUCAACGUUGGUCGCAGAGGCGCCGAGCAUGGGUCGCGUUCUUAGCCUGGAUCAUGCCACAAAUGGGUUGCUUCAUCUGGGUCGCUAUCGAAUACCAUCAACUUGGCUCUAAUUCAACCCUAGACUACAAAUUGCAAACCACGAGAUGGAGCAAAGCGUGGAUACCCUACCUCAUUAUUUUUGUCACUGGCUACUGGACCCAAUUAACUUUAUAUUGGGUUCUCGGCACAUUUUCAAACGAGGUGGAGGCUGCUUCACGAGCGGGAGGGGUGUUCCGUGCAUUUGAGGUUAUAGGCCAAGCAGUGUCCUACGGUCUGAGCUCUUCGAGCACCAUAGGUCCAGAGAUUCCGCUCUAUGUCAAUUGUGCCGUGCUGGUACUGGUGAUCCCCAGUAUGGUACUACUGAUAGGUAAAGUACCAAAGGUACCAUCAGGUGUCGUUGUCGCGGGACAAGAUUCUAUCGUGCAGGAAGAUUCUCAGAAGGGGAAAUGA